ACCGCAGCGCACACAGAAUGAGACACGCCUUUUUCUCCGCUCCGUUGUCGGGUCGGUGGGCAGCGGGCUGCCGGUGAUUGACCAGCUUCUCUCCCUGAUCUGUCAGCCGGCUGGCUUGGCGCCUCCCCUCUCCUCUAUAAAUGUUGGAAAUCUAUUCAUUCCUUUCACACCGAGCCUGCUGAAGUAAGAGGAACUGUGAGGCUCCACGGGAUGUGUUGACAGACUCGAAUUCCUCCUUUUAGUUUAUCUCAUUCUCUCGCUAAUUUGCGUCUGUAUUAAAGAAGCUUUUGCAGUGUUUACAGCGCCGUGGUAUAAUCUCAAAUACCUCCUGCUACCAGUAGUAUAAUUAUUUGAUUUUUUUUUUCGUUGCCUCUCUCUGAGCCGUUGGUUAUCUAAGAUGAAGGCUGUUACUCCAGUCCGCCCCCAGGACUCCUCCUCCAGCAGCAGCGAGCUCUCCGUGCACUAUCUGUCGAAGCAGAGCCUCAACAUCGCCCGGUGCAGGAUGGAAGAGGAGGACCUGUUCUGCCUGCAGUACGACAUGAACGACUGCUACAGCCGGCUGAAGCGCCUGGUGCCCACCAUUCCGCAGGAUAAGAAAGUCAGCAAAGUGGAGAUUCUCCAGCAUGUCAUAGACUACAUCCUGGACCUGCAGCUGGCCCUGGAGACGCACCCUUCUCUCCAUAAACAACAGCCACAGCGGACCGGGACCUUCCCUCCCCCAGCCUCCAACCCCAGCCGGACACCGCUGACGGUGCUCAACAUUGACCACCACCAGAGGACGUCAAUAGUCAAAAAGCCGGAGGACUCUAUUUUAUGCCGCUGAGAUAUGAGCACUGCAUUGGUGUGCAGGCUGCACAGAGCCACUCCAAAGCCAGCAAAGCUUCGCCAGGGACUCACACCCAACUGGAGGCACAAUCACAAGGGGAUUUCGAAACCGCUGGGAGGAAUUCAACCCAAAUAAAAUCACCAUUCAUAUCAGCUAUUUUGGUUCCAUUGAACAAGGAAUCAGUGUGUAGACAUCUUCCUCCCCUUCCUCCUUUAAGUUGCUCUAACUUUACUUCUUGUCACUUGAAAUUUUUCCAAGAGUGAAAAUAUGGAAUCCCCACGCUGAGAAGUUUUUGUUGGAAACCCGUCUGUCAACAGCUAUAAAAACUGUUUGUGAAUUGUGCUUAAAGAAUAACUAAAAAUGACUCCAGUUUAAAGCUUUACUAAACUGCGAAAACCAUUGUACAUGUUUUGGACAUCUAUUGUUUAAAAUAGAUGAUUUGUGUUGAACAGGGAUGUCAUCCCUGGAAUCUUAAAAUGUUUGAUAUUGUAAAAAAAACAACAAAAAAAAAACAAUUCUGAUUCGAGACAAUUAAGAUUGUACAUAUAGAGACACAAAUGUUCUAUAAAAUUAUGUGAAAGGAAGACUUAUAUGCUUAAAAUAGACUAUUGUAAUUAUAAGAUAUUUUUAUUAAAACCUUUUUUUUUUGUCGUUAUGUAAAUAUUGUGUUUCCACUUUUAAGUCUUUAGUGAAUGAAUGUGGUUAUGCUCUGCCAAUAAUGUCCUCACAUGAUGAUAUCAGUUAACUCUUUGCAGUGUUUUUGGAAUAGUUUAAUAUGUAGCAUGUCAGGCUCAUUGCAGAGACAUUGAAUGUGCACUGAAGCAGCCCUCCCUGUGUAGAUAUGUGGUGGAGUUCAACACAAGUUCUUUUAUUAUUUGCCCUGCUUAGCUUUCUCUUGAAUUGUUUUGUACUCAUUAACUAUGACAACUUUGACCCUCUUGGAGCGAUGGGUCGGUCUGCUGUUUGAUCUUUUUUAAAAAGGCCUGAUUGGAUUCUGUUACAUUGCAUUCUUGUUUAAAAUCUAAUCUGAGAGUUACAGCACUUCUGACAGUGUUCACAAUGUAAUACCUGAAAAAAAAAAAAAAUCACAGCAAAACAAUGUCUCUGUUAUAUUUGUGCAGUCAGAGCUUCUCCUUGAGAAGUUAAUGAUUGACACCAUGAAAUCAUUAAACUUUGUUUAUGAAUUGAUGAAAUAUGUGAACAUUAACAGACUCCUUUUGGACAACAACCAAUUGUAUUGAGACAGGCAAUGUCUUUAAGUAAAUAUUAAAUGAUUUCCCUGUUGGAGAGUCAGCAGCCAUUGUUAAUGUAAAGGGGGAAAAAAGCCUUUAUUUUUCAUGACAUUGAACACCGAAUUUACCUCACCACCCUCCUGCCAGUGUGAGAGGGCACUUGUACAUUACUGUCAGCUGCACUGUUGGACUUGACCUUCACUGGCUUGUGAGGAGUUGUCAAAACAAUUAAAGUUUCCAGGAAGAA